AUGGAAGUUGAAACGGUUGAGAAGCCGCGCUCGAAAGGGCAAGGCAAUGGCGCUACUCCCGUCGAACGAACUACACAAUCCAUGGAUCUCGUCCCUCGACAAGAGAGACUGCAGAUGAAGAGACUGCGCGAAGCAGAAAAGGCAUACGGCCGCGGAAAGAAGAUCAACACAAAGAACAUCAAAGACAAGAAGCUGCGAACAAACCUGAAGCGACUGGAAAACAAGUACCAAGAUGCCACCGUCAAGGCCAAGGAUGCCGAGAUUCUCUUGGAAAACACCGCCGGCUACCUCGAGGCCGAAACCGAACUCGAGCGCACAUACAAAGUACGACAGGACGACCUGACGGAAGACUUGUCGGUAGAGACAGCAAGCAAGAGGUUCGACCUCAAGCUGGAUGCUCUCGGUCCGUACAUCUUCGACUACUCGCGAAACGGACGAGAACUGCUGCUUGCUGGCCGUAAGGGCCAUAUCGCUAGCAUGGACUGGAGAGAGGGUAAGCUCGGCUUCGAACGACAACUUGGCGAGACGAUACGAGACAUCAAGUGGCUCCAUAACAACCAGUACUUUGCCGCGGCGCAGAAAAAGUAUGUCUACAUCUACGACAGCGACGGUGUUGAGCUGCACUGCCUCCGAAAGCUCACCGACGUUACCCACAUGGAAUUCCUCCCCUACCACUUCUUGCUCGGCACUAUUGGCAACAGCGGCGUGCUCAAGUACCAAGACACUUCCACCGGCCAAUUGGUCGCCGAGUUGCCAACCCGCCUGGGCCCUGCCGUGUCCAUGGGACAAAACAGAUACAACGCCAUCCUCCACGUCGGCCACCAAAACGGAACAGUCACACUGUGGUCUCCCAACUCCAGCGAGCCGCACGUCAAGCUUCUCGCUCACAAGGGUCCCGUGCGUGCACUAGCCAUGGACCGUAUCGGCCGAUACAUGGUCUCUGCCGGCCAGGACCAGCGCAUGGCCGUCUGGGAUAUCCGCAUGUUCAAGGAAGUCAACAACUACUUUACCCGCGCCCCCGCCUCCUCCUUAGCCAUCUCCGACACUGGUCUUACAGCUCUAUCAUGGGGCACACAAUCUACCAUCUGGAAGGGUCUCUACGACACCAACGCCCCCGUUCAGCAAAAGGUCCAGAGCCCGUAUAUGCGCUGGGGUGGUGAGGGCAAGCGCAUCGAGCGUGUCCAGUGGUGUCCGUUUGAAGAUGUGCUCGGUCUCGGCCACGAGGAAGGAUUUUCCUCUAUCAUCGUCCCUGGCGCUGGUGAGGCCAACUUUGACGCCAUGGAGCUCAACCCCUUCGAGACGAACCAGCAGCGCAAGGAGACUGAAGUCCGCAGCUUGCUCAACAAGCUCAAGCCUGAGAUGAUUGCCAUUGAUCCCAACUUUGUUGGUAACCUGGAUCUCCGCUCUGAUGCCCAGCGCAAGGCCGACCGCGAUCUCGAUACACCGCAGACUUCCGUCGAAGAGGAGAUUCGCAAGAGGGCUCGUGGUAAGAACGGCGCGCUGAGCAAGUACCUGCGCAAGCAAAGAAAGAAGAACAUUAUCGACGAGAAGAGAAUGAAGGUCGACGAGCUGUGGAAAGAGCAGCAAGCAAAGAGGGAGAAGAAGAAGGAAGAGGUCCAAGCAGACCUUGGGCCGGCGCUUGGCAGAUUUGCGCGACGAGAGUAA